AUGAAUGCUAUGGUAAUUGCUAUUGUUAAAAUUUUAGAUUGUCAUUCUCGUUGCUCAAAGUGCUCACUUGCAAUCACCAACAAAGAUUGUAUAUCCUGUGUUUAAGGUUACUUCCUUUACAAUGCUAAAAACUACACUUGCAUCUAAUAAUGCCCAAAUCAGGCAGCUCAAUUUUAUGAAAAAGUUAUCGAAGACUGCAUAGUGUGUCAUGAGUUUUGUGAUGGCUGCACAGGCCCAUCAAGCAAUGAUUGUAUUGCUUGCAAACCUCCUUUCAAAUAAAUGGGUUCUAGAUGUGGGACUCAGUUGUGUCCAUUUGGCUCUUAUUAUAACGAACAAACGAAUCAGUGUGUAAAUUGUGAAUAUCCUUGUGAGUAGUGUGAAGAGUCUGCUUAUAAUUGUAAAACCUGCCUAGAGGGCUUCGCCUUUGAUGAAUCUGGAAUAUGCACUUAUUGUGAAGAUUUGAUUGGCUUUUCUAUGCCCUGGAGUUUUAAUUAAAUGAUACCUGGAGGAGGUGUGUGUACUGAAAUCUGUGGAGAUGGGUAAAAUCUUGGAUUUUACGAAUGCGAUGAUGGAAAUUUAAGAAAUUUUGAUGGAUGUAGUAUCGAUUGCCGAAUUGAGGCUGGAUUUAAUUGUUAUACUGAUAUUUACAACAGCUCCUCAAUCUGCUCACAAAUUAGAGGCCCUAAUUUUGAAAUCAUUAAAAUAAGUUCUAGGAACAAAUUAAUUUACUUAUAGUUUGACUCCAACGUAGUCAUUGAUAAGAAGAGUUUAAAAACGAGCGAUUUAAUAGUUAAUAUAUAUGGGUUGGAUUAAAGUCCUUAAUUUAAUAUGAGUGGUUAAGUAACAAAAUUGCUUAUUGAAAAGAGGUAAUUGGUUCUAUCCUUUGAGCAAUAUUUUUCAGUAUUAGGAUCUAAUUAAGUACUUAUAGAAAUAGGCUUCAAAAAUAUGUCUAUGAUUCGAGAUGCAAAAACUGGAAAUAAGUUAAGUAAAUAACUUAGCUAACCUUAUUACCUCAACAGAUUUGAUUAUGUGUCUCCUGAAACUGAGGCAUAAGCAAAGAAAUUUGGUGUUACCGCAUCUCGGACAUCUAUAACAGCUCUUGUAACUAAUAUUUUAAUCUAGAUUAUUAUUGGUUAAGCUCUUGGAAGCAUCUGGAUAGCCAUGAAUACUCUUUAGAUUAUUUAUUUAAUGCCUUUGAUGAAUUUUGCAAAUAUUUCAGAUGAUUUUAUUGGCGACCCUUUCUUUUAUAAGUACAUGCUUUUGAACUAGAUUAAUGAUAAGCCUGUGAGUUAGAACUUUGAGGAAUAUGAAUUUGAAUCUUCCAUAUUUUUCUUCAACUACUCUAGGAAAAUGUAGAUGUGGGCGAUGUUUGCUCUUGGCUACCCGAUUUUAAAGAUUUGCAAUCGAUUUCUCAAGCAUAGAUAUUUUGAUGUUCUUAAACAGUAUGAGCAGAGUUAUAGAUUCAAUGUUGUUUGGAGAGUUUUAACUGAGCUUUAUUUAGAGAUGACUCUUACUAUGAACUCUCAUGAAUUGGACAAAGAGUAAGUUAUUUAAAAACAUGGAGUACUAUAUGAAGGAACUAAAAUAGCAAUGCCGUUCGAGUCUAAACUAAUGAAUUAUUCAAAUAUCAUGAAUGAAUCUCUCACAGGUAUUGCAUUUGCUAUUGCCUACAAUUUUACAUUAACUACUACCACAGAGUAAUAAGAAUUUUAUUUCAAAAAGAUCAGAAUGUUUGUCUUGAAAAAAUUAGGAAGAAAUCUAGAAAAUAGAGAUGAAAAGAUUUUAAAUGGUUCGUAAUUAACAAUUUCCUCAUAAAAUGCUUUCAUUAAUAAUUUGGAUGAUGAUACACAAUUAUCUGAGUAUCAGUAAACUCAAGAUCUCAAGAAAUUUAAUCCAUUUUAAAACCUGAAAAUGAGAUAAAAAGCAGUUCCUGCUCUUUUAACUUCAAAAAGGCAGAGAAGAUUGGAUCAAGUAUAAUAACUCAGUUUAAAAUCUUAAAAAAUUAUUUAAGGCAUUAAUUAGUAGAAAAAUGAGGAUUCAUAGGGCAGUAGCAUUGAAAAAAUAUAAAAAUUAUCUAAUUAGAAGGAACAAAUUAAUUUUGAAAAAGUGGAAGAUUAGGAGGAAGAAUAUGACUUCGAAUUUUUGAAUUAACGCUUUAAUAAAAGAUAAAAGGCUAGGUCUUAGUUUAAUUUAAAAUAAACUUCUAGAAGUGCUAAAUCUUAAGGUAAAUGGAGUAAGUUAAGCUUACAUCCAUUACAACAUUAAGAUAUCGUAAUCUAAAGUGAAAAUAAGAAACAAAAAUGA